CUGGAUGCCUCGAUAGGCGUGCAGUCAGUGAAAAAGACGCGUUCGCUCCUUCUAGGGGAGCGCACAGCUUUGCAAGCAAUCCAGUGGAGCGAGAGAGAGAUAGAGGGAAAAAAAAGUCUUCGGGUUGUUGCACUUUCAAAUGAGUUCUUUAAACCUCCUCUAAUAUGCUGGCAUAGAUAACAGAUUUUCGUGUGGCAGUUUUGGAACAGUUUAUGGGACUAAGUGCGUAAAAGGGGGCAAGAGAAGCAGCCAGUCUGAGCCCAUAAUGCGGACACAUCAAGUCCGCGGCGCAGCGGACCCUAAGAAGCUGCUUUCAUGGAUCCACUAACUGAUUGAUUGGCUCUAAUAUAUUUUUAUUUGUUUAUCCAGAUCUAAGGGAAUUCUUUCGACUUCCUCAGUAAGAAGCAAAGGAUUUUGGAUUUUUAUCUUUUUGGGCGUCGAGGAUUUUUGUUAUUUCUUAGGGGAUGCGUAUUAGUUUUGGGUUAAAUUAGGAUAUUUAUUCUGUUUUUGUCCUCCAAGUAAGACUUUGCCAAGAAACUGUGGAAGGAAAUUAAACUUUCAAUCGCUGGAGAUAUUUGUCUAAUUGGAGUCUUAAUCGUCUCAACAUGAAGUCUGGCACACUACGGAUGCGCGUCUGUAUUUUCCUUGUGCUCAUAGGUUCGUUGGAAGGUUCCUCUGCUUUCAUAGCGCCCAUGGCCAACAUAUCUCUAGGAUUUCCAAGCACCAGGUCUGCACGUGAGGCCCAGUCACAGUGGGUAGACUGCAUCCAGGCCAGUGAAUUGUGCACCAACGAUCCUCACUGCAGCCCCUGGUAUCGGGUGAUGCGCCAGUGCCUCGUGGGCAAGGAGAAGGAUGCCAUGCUGGAUAACAACCGAGACUGCAAGACUGCGGUGGAAGUUCUGCAUAAAAGUUCCCUGUAUUACUGCCGUUGCAAAAGGGCUAUGAAGAACGAGCUGCAGUGCCUACAGAACUACUGGACCAUUCACAUGGGACUCAAUGAAGGUGGAGAUAUGGAGGAUUCAUCUCCGUAUGAACCUGUAGCCCCCAACCGGCAACCUGACGUGUUUGGCUUGGCUUCCAUCUCUUCAGGGAUGCACACACUGAACCCAAAGCCCUUUCAGUGUCCAGAAGGGGAGAAAGUUUGCAACCCUUGCCUUGACGCGACCAAAGCUUGCAACCUGAACGGCAUCUGCAAGAGGCACCGUAGCAGCUACAUCACAACCUGCAGCAAGGACACCAAUAAAGGGGAGAGCUGCAACAAGAAGCGCUGCCACAAGACUCUGAGGGCCUUCCUGGAUCGCGUGCCCUCAGGGCUCAGCCAACGGCUCAUCUUCUGUCCCUGCCAGUCUGAAGGCUGUGCUGAGAGACGCAGGCAGACGAUAGUUCCUGAUUGCUCUUACGUAGAUAAGGUGAAGCCCAACUGUUUGGAGCUACGAGCAGUCUGUCGUGCGGAUCCACUCUGCAGGUCUCGACUGGCUGACUAUAUGACUAACUGCUGGAUGGCCCCCAACACUGUGGGAACCUGUCCCAACCAAGAUAAUCACCAAGCCUGCCUAAACUCUUAUGCAAGGCUCAUUGGGACGGAAAUGACCCCCAACUAUGUUGACAACAGCUUCACCAACUGGACCAUCUCUCCGUGGUGUGACUGUAUGGGCAGUGGAAACCAAGAGGAGGAAUGCAUGAACUUCUUGCGUUACUUUACUGACAACACAUGCCUAAGUAAGUCACUCUAAUACAUGCACACUCUG